GGUGAGCUAAUCAUGAAUGACACAAUUACGAUAACUUAACGUGUAAAAGUGAAACGUAAAUUUGUUUACGGAAGCUGUCUUAAUUUACAUAAUAUAGUGUAAACAAAUGAUGUGAUCAUGCGCAAUAUUUAUUAAAAUUUAAUUAAAUUAGAAAACACUUUGGUCUACCACCUAUUACUGACAUGACAUAAGAAAAUUAAUGUUCUAUUUUAGUUUUCAAGAGAAAAUCAAUAAUCGGAUGUAAAAGAUUUACUUGUCAAAUCGACCUAGUGACAGACUUAUAACUUGUAUUUUUAAAUCUUAGUUGAGAUAGGUACUUGUCAGUGAUACUUUGUUUGGAUUUUACACAAGAUAAUGUAGGAAAUUAAUAAGUAAUGGGCACUUGUCUGAGUUUAGAUCAAGAGGAACUGAAGGCUCGAGCCCGGAGUGCUGAAAUAGACAGAAGGAUACAGACAUGGGCUAAAGAGGAAGGGAAUACUAUCAAGAUUUUGUUGUUGGGGGCAGCAGAAAGUGGGAAAAGUACCCUUGUGAAACAGAUGAAAAUAAUCCACAAUGAGGGCUUCACUUUUGAUGAACUCCUUGCAUUCAAGCCAGCUGUGUUGGACAAUCUAGUCAGUUCUAUGAAGUAUGUUCUCACUGGUAUGGGUCUGCUCAGGGUCAAUCUCGAAAAUCCAAAAAACAGGAUACAUGCCCAGGUGAUCCUCACAUGUAACAAUAGCUUCGACCACAACAAGAACAUGCUACCUGAUGUAGGCCGAGCCCUGAAGUCCUUGUGGCAUGACAAGGGCAUUAGGACAGCUGUAGCCAGGGGUUAUGAGUAUGAAUUGAAUGACUCAGCAAUUUAUUAUUUUGAGAAUAUGGAAAGAAUAUGUUCUCCAAAGUUCAUCCCUUCAGCUAGAGAUGUGUUGCGUGCUAGAGUGCGUACAACAGGUGUUAUUGAAACCUGCUUCCAGAUGAAAGGAUGUGUAUUCAGAUUGUUUGAUGUUGGGGGUCAGAGGUCAGAGAGACGGAAGUGGAUUCAGUGCUUUGAUGAUGUGAAGUCCGUCCUGUAUGUCUCAGCACUAAGUGCUUAUGAUAUGUGCUUGCUAGAAGACGCUUCAGUGAAUCGUCUGGCAGAAAGUUUAAAAUUGUUCCGGGGUAUUUGCAAUAAUCGUUUCUUCUAUAAAUCAUCUAUGAUUUUGUUCCUGAACAAAGUGGACUUGUUUCAAGACAAAAUCAGAUUUUCAGGGAGACACCUGAGAUACUUCUUCCCUGAUUUUACUGGUGCAGACAAGGAUGUAGACAGUGCAGCAAGGUAUAUCCAGCAUAUGUUUCAGGAGCAGAAUCUACUUCCUGGUAAAGUCAUUUAUCCACAUUUCACAACUGCCACAGACACUAGCAAUAUACAAGUUGUGUUCCAAGUUGUCAUGGACACCAUUCUUAGAGAAAAUCUGAGGUCUGCAUCCAUAUUGUGAUAAUUACCAUAGCAGUCAUACUUCCAGAAUUCAUAAAGUCAUUUGUUAGAUCUCACACUAGAGGCAAUUUAUGUUCCAAGGUGUCAUGACAACAAAAUCAGAGGAAUCCUGAAGUCUACAUCCACAUUUUGACAGUUACUAUAGCAACCAUGGUUUCAGAACUCAUCAUCAUAUGUCAGAUCUUCAUCUGAUAGAGACAGUUUUGGUACCAUGUUGUCAAGGACCUUUCACAGAGCAAGUAUGAGAUCUAUGUUCAUAUUGUAAUAAUCACCAUAGUAACAAGACUUCAACAACUCAUAAAAUGAUAAUGUCACUCAUCAGACCUUCACCUUCCUAAAGGGAACUUAAAUUGUGUUCCAGAUUUCAGUGGACUUUAUUCUCAGAGGACAGUUACGAUUUACAUCCAUAUUGUCAUGUGUUAUAGUUUCCAUUACAACAAAAGUUCCAUAACAGUAACAUGUCAGAUCAUCAUCUCAUAUAAGGAUCUGAUGAUACUGUUGUUAUGAAAACUUUUGAACAAAAAUCAGAAGAAAUUUCAGCUGUUACUCUUUAAGAGUCAGUAUUUUAAGUUGUUAGCUACACAGUUGAUGCAGUAUAUCUUGUGAUAUAUUGUUAUUCAUUUGUUUCCAUGGUAACAGUACAGAAUACCAGUACAAGAUUUUAAUGGAUCUGUAUCCAUGCUGAAAGCAUCUGAUUAUUAGUGAAAUAUUUGUUUUUAAAGUGCUACAUGCAGUUUUGUCUGGAACAAUUCUCAGAGGCCAGAUUGUACAUAUGUUUAAACUUGAAAUGUAUGUAGAUGCAUAAAUGUUUAGUUUGAGUGAUUAAAUGAAUUCUGUUUUCUUUAGGGUUUUCAAAACACAUGAUUUUUGCAUUAAAUUAUUUAUUAUAUGCAGUGGAAUAUUGAAACAGAAUUACAAUGGUUUUCAUAAUGAAAUGGACCAAGUUCAAAAUAUUCUUUUAAAGAAGAGAUAGAAACUCAUUUGCUAUAGCAGACCUUAUUCAAACAAAAUUUUAUCUGCUUUUACUGAAGUUAUUUGGCUUUGUCAGUAGAAGACACUUUGGCUCCGUAAAAUUGAUGUUCCAAGUUGGCAUGGGUCAUGUUUAGAUAAACAUGAAUUAUUCUGCUUAAAUUUGAGCAUCAUCUUGUUUUGAACAAUUCAUUUCAAGAGAGAAAAGGAAUUCAAUGAAAAUGUAUGGAAAAUGUUUGUUGUCAGAUUUAAAUGGAACCAGAUAUAUGAUUUAAAAACUGUUACUAUCGAAAUUCUUAAAGUUUUUGUUUCAGGCCACCCACUUAGAUUUUACUUUGAUUUUACUUGUAGUUUAAUUCCAAAUAUAUACAGAGAUGUUUAUUUUCAGCCUAUUAUAUAAUACAAAUUUGCAAAAAAAUUAAAUUUUUGAAUUGAAUUACUGAAUGGUCCUUCAACUGACAAAAAAUUACAACAGGCAGUAGGUAUCCUAAGUCUGUCUUUAAGUGAUGAAUCGAUUAUAUGACAUAUAUGUUCAACACUUAACACUUGUUCAACAGCAAAAUAAAAAUUCAUGAAAAGCCUCAAUGAAGCAUACUUGUGACUUUUAUGUUCUUAUACCAUUGUAAACACAUUGUGUUUAAUAAAUUUUGAUAUAAAUAACAUACAAAUUUUUGACUUUAAUGAAGUUGACUGUAUAGAUCUGUUUUUAUGCCCCCGGCAUCUACUGAUGCCGGAGGCAUAUAGUGAUUGUCCUGUCCGUUCGUCCAUCAGUCCUUCAGUCCGUACAAGGUUAGCCAAAUGGGACCGUUUCGUCUAGCAUCAAUACCCCUAACUAGAAUGACUUAAUACUAAUGCAGAUGUAACCUGUGACCAUUCCUCAUCUUCAGACAUCACCUGACCUCAGUUUGACCUUGACCUUGAACUUGACCAUAGGUUGCUUUGUAUCGACAAGGAUGCCAUGGGGGGCAUCAAGCGUUUAUUGAACGCAGCUAUUUGUUUGAAAGAUAUUACCAUCUGUUUCAUUCAUUUCUAGAAGGAGAUUUAAUUUCUUGUUUUUGAAUUUGGCAUUUAUUCUUUAUGAUUGUUUCCUUAUGGCAGGCAUUAUAUUGCUUAUUUCCCAUUUUGACUUCCAUUUUAGACCUGUUCAUCCAAUGUUCAUUUUAUAGUGCCCAGUUAAUUUUAUUUUCAUUUCUUUCACGGUAAUUUCAAAAUUUUUCCACAAAGCAAGAGGGACGAUGCAAUGUUAAUGUGUUUUAAUUUGUAAUUCAUUGUUUUCUUUUUAUUUUUUUUAUUUCAUAAUAUUUUUUUCACAUAUUUAAUUUUUUUCUGUUCAUUAGGAAAGUUCCAUGCUUUUCUAAAUGGUUUAUACAGAAGGAAUUUGUAUUUUGCACAUAUUUACUGUCACUUAUUUUUUCAAUCGGAAACUAUCUGUUCACACAUAAAUUGUGCAAUACUGCAUUUUCUUCAAGAGUAAUCGCGUCUGCUUCAUUUGUACUAGGAAUCCAUUGUGCAUGUUAUUAUACUGCCUUUGUAUGUAAUAUGAGAAUAUGCCUACAGUUUUGAAAUUACAGUGUAGUGUGUGUUUAUUUCGACACAUGUAAGUUGACGGCGAGUUAUGACUACUGUGGCAAUAAUUUUAAGUUUCAACUAAUAUGUAAGCAUCAGUACAUUCAUAAGAUAGUAGUCGCCAUCAAAACCUGUGUUAAGUAUACAUAUAUAUUUCAGUGCACAUUUUUGAAGUUUUAAGUUUUGCAGCAGCUAUUCAUUCUAUUGUUAUACUGCCGUUGAUGGUAACAAGUUGCCUUGUAUGUACUGAAUCCUUGACUCAUUCUUGUAUAGCAUAACUACUAGGGUUUGAGUAUUUUUCAUGUGGCUAUUGUUUUUAUGGGUUUUAAGUUCUACUGGCAUAAGUUUUAUAUGAUAUGGCAACUAAACAGCUUUUUAUAGUGCAGGAAAAACCAAGGUGUGCCCCUGUGUAUUAUUUCAGGUAUAAGUAGGCACCAGGGUAGAACCACCAACCUUCCAUAUGCCAGCUGACUGGUUUCCUCACAUGAAAGAAUUCUACACUCAAAGCAAGGUUCUGAAUACGUUGGUAUAGGAUAGGUGUGGGGGGGGUGCAAGUGCUUUGAAGACAGGAACCUUGACUGCUUGUUCGCAGAGGCCCGUAUGUUGCUCUUAUUUCGUGGUUUCAUAGCCAGCAGCCUUAUUUUCUUGGGCAGAAAGCUGGUUAAUACAUUGUAUAACUUUGCAGAUUUCACUGUGUUUAAAUAGUAGCAAAAAUGUUGUAAAAUUCAUGAAGUUUACAGCAACUCAGUACUUACAAAUGACCUUACAGGUCAUAAGGUCUGAAAGAUUCAAGUUCUAAAUGAAAUUUUCUAAGAGAUGCACAUGUAUGUUUUUCUAAGGAAUAACUUGGUAAAUGUUAAAGUAUGCUUUAUUUUUGUUAUUAUAUAGUUAACAAUGAAAUUAGCAUUUUACUGUUGUUUGUUAUUAUCCAGGCUUUGUAAAUAUUUUUACUGAUCUCAUGUUAAAUUUGUAUUAUAACAUAUUAUGUUCCUGGUAAUAGAUGUGUUUAGUGUUAGAAAACUGGAUGUAUUAUUUUAAAUGAUUGGGUAAAUGAAUAGGAACUGUUAAAUUGCUUAGUGUGAUGUAAACUAGUGCAUUUUUUAAAAAAGUUUAAGAAAGUGGUUGCAUUUGAAAGACUUUAUAAAUAUAUAAUUGAACAAGGUACUGUGUAGUAUCAAAAUGCACCAUUCAAACUUCAUAGCAACUUUGAAAAAAUUGCAUUGUUAAUACUAAUAAAUUAAUUGCUACUGUUUAUUAUAGCAUUAUUUACAUUGUUAAAAGGCAGUUUAUUUAGCUGGCUGCAUUGUUUUAAAUGAUACUAAAAGUGGUCAAAGUGAUAAAAACUGAUGUUGUUUUACUUGUUGCUUACAAUUUUGAGAUUGUUGAAAAAGAAACUCUAUAAACAUUGAAAGCACAGCAGCGAUUAUCUCCCCUAGUACUGCAUUGAUGACAGAUAUCACAAAUACGAUGUGACCAUAACAGUCACAUUACCAUUGUAAAGAAAUUGAAAUGCUGUUUUCAUAUUUUCAAUUUUACUUUUAGCUGGUUUGCUUUUCCUGAAAAAACUAGAAGAGCUAUAGCUUAAAAACUUUGUUUUCCUGUAUAUCAUUGUUAUGUCUCCCAACACACAGUGAUGUGGGAGACAUAUUAAUUUACUCCAGUCUGUGUGUCUGUCUGUCUGCCUGCCUGUUACAAAGCUUGUCUGCACUCUAAGUCGAACAUUUCUCAUCUGAUCUUCACCAAACUUGAACAAAAUGUGUUUGACCAUAAGACUUCGGCCAAGUUCAAUAACUAGCCAAAUCCGCCCAGGCACUUUUGAAUUAUGGCCCUUGAAUUACUGACUGAGUCCACUUGUCCAAGCCAUCUUACUGGGUCCAUUCAUUUAAGCAUUCUAGAGAAACUAGAUAUUUUUCAUAGGGGCAGUUGUGGGAGACAUGCGCUUUUCUCAAAAGCAUCUCUAGUUAGAUGAGUAAGCAGGUCAGGAACUGUGACACUCGGAUGCAUUUUUGUCAUUAUUAUGGCCUUCUGUUAUAUAAUUAUAUUUAGAAAACUGAUUAUUUCUUGGUCAAAUUUUUAUUAGAUCCACUUUCCUUGAAUACUAUAAAAGCUAUAAUAGCUUUGACACUAUAAACUUGUGUACUACCAGAUAAAAUGAAUCCUUUGUAAAAUAUGAUGGCAUUAACUGUUUAGAACACAAAUGGAUAAAGUUAAACUGGUUGCAUUUCUCAAAAUUCAACGGAUUGUAUUACUUAUAUGAGGGAUGAAUAAUUGUUAGAAGUUAAGCAACGAGGGAAUGUUACACUGAUUGUGUGAGGAUAUUGUUCCCAUUUCUGUUUUUUCACUCUACAGCUUGUUUGCUUUGACUUUCAAAGGUGUUCAAAGGUUACUGUCCUUUUGCUGUCUUGAAAGAGUUUUAUUGACAUUAUAGUAAAAAGAUUGUGUGUGCUUAUUUAAAGUUUACAUAUGAUUUUUAUUUUUUUUUGUCCAUUGACAUUUCGAAAUUGGAGGGUGUUUUUAUUUGGAUUGUAUUCAGUGGAUUUCUUUCUGUCAUGUCUGAAUGGUAAAAAUUAACAAAUUUUAAAGUCUUUUUUGUGGCUACAGGUACAUCCUAUAGGAGUGUGUUACAGUAUGUCAAGGGUGUGAAUGCGAAAGAUGUGCAAGUGCAUAUAAAUAAAGAUGCAAUUAGACUUCUUUCACAUUCACACCUCGAUAAUUUAGUAUUUUGUUUUAUUAUUUCAUUUAAUUUGAUUAUUGUUACUUUGAAUCGACUUAGACUUAAGCAGUCCUAAUAUAAUAUCAUAGACUUCAAAAGCCCAUUUUCAUAUCUUGAAUUUCUUUAUUUUGUCAAACUUAAAGUUUACAGAACUACCUAAAACUGUUUCCUAAAACUGGCUCCAUAAUGCAUUUGGCGAAUAAUUUGUUGUAGUUUAGUUUGUGUAUAUUUAUGUGUUUGUAUUUGUUACUGAUAAAGAGACUGCAUCCUGUAAAUAUACUGUCAUUGUUAAGUUAUGUUUAUUGAUACAUUUACUGACAUUGUUCUAGUUACAUGUACCUUUUUUGAUAUCAGAUUGGUGCAAACAAAAUAAUAAUGUAUAAAAAUCUAAUAAAAAUAUGGAAAUGUA